AUGACAAUAUCUACUUUCGAUCACGUGUCUGCGGGGCGACUUAGACGGAUUGCGCGUCAUCUCGCCUUCCCAAAUUUCCCCCUUCUGCUGCAGCUCGUAUCCAAAACAUCUAUCUAUAGUACGGAGUACGAGAGAGAGAGAAAGAUGUUUAACUCUGUGAAUCUGGGCAACUUCUGCUCCCAGACGCGCAAAGACCGGACAUCCGAGUUUGGGGACAGGACGGGCUGCGCGUCCAACAUCUACCUCCCCAGCUGCACCUACUACGUCCCCGAGUUUUCUGCCGUCUCCUCGUUUCUUCCGCAGGCCCCGUCCCGGCAGAUCAGCUACCCUUAUUCCACAAAUCUGUCCCAAGUGCAGCCGGGGGUACGGGAAGUUUCAUACGGCUUGGACGCUGCCAGCAAAUGGCACCACAGAAGCAACUAUGCAUCGUGCUACUCGGGAGAGGAUCUGGUGCAUAGGGACUGUCUUCCACCAUCCACCAUGACAGAAAUGCUUAUGAAGAACGAGAGCGUGUACAGCCACCACCAUCACCAUCACACCCACCCGGGCUCCAAUCACCCCUCCACAGGUUUUUACUCCGGCGUGGGGAAAAACAGCGUCCUCCCGCAAGGUUUCGACCGCUUUUUCGAGACCGCAUACUGCAGCAGCACGGACAAUCAGUCAGACAAUUGUUUACAAAAGGGCGAGGGGGGAAAGCUGGACGGCGACUCUGAGCAGGAGCAGCAGCCGCCACCCGCAGCCUCGGUACCCGGAGCUCCGGAGCAGGAAAAAGAUCCGGACGAUGAGGAGGAACAUACAAAUUCAGGCUCAUGCACGUCUUCUUCCGCGACAACCAAGGACGGCACCGCCAGCAAGAGCAGCCACUCGAGCACUCCUCGCACAAGGAAGAAGAGGUGUCCAUACUCCAAGUUUCAGAUUCGAGAGCUGGAGCGGGAGUUCUUCUUUAACGUUUACAUCAACAAAGAGAAAAGGCUUCAGCUGUCCCGAAUGCUGAACCUCACCGACCGCCAGGUUAAAAUUUGGUUUCAGAAUAGAAGAAUGAAAGAGAAGAAGCUGAGCAGGGAUCGCCUGCAGUACUUCUCUGGAAACCCCCUCUUGUGA